AUGCCCAUGGCGAGGGCUAAUAGUGGCUGCUUUCGGGUCACGGACUUCUUUCCAUCGCGGAAACGUGUUGCCACCUCGCAACAGGAUGAAUAUUGCGGGAAGAGACGUCGACUGUCCGGAUCCGAGCUAGAAGAGGUGCCACAACCGCAAGGAUAUAUUGUUGAGCUUCUACCUCCAUUGCUGCAAGAGGAACUUUUCGCCAUUUUUUCCGUUGAGAGCUUGAUCCGCCUGUGGUACACUUCACCGGGGACGCGCGAAUCACUUGUCGCUUACUUCCGAACCCGCCGCUUCAAAGAUAGAAUGGUCGCGGACCUGGCGAGCUGUCCCGCUGAUCUUGCUCGGAAGAAUGAUAUGUCCAACCCAUGUCGGCGUUAUGGUGAUCUGUUGAAACUGAUGUCGAUUUCUGAACAUACCGAAGAUCGCAUCGAGUUACUUUGCGAAUACGUGGAAUAUGGAAUGAACAUUGCUCAUUUUCAACAAUGGGGAGCUGUUAUUACAUCGUUCUGCGACUACUGGGAUUUUGGACUCUGCAUCGGUCUGCUGAGGAAAGUGCUCAGCUGGCGUGAUGGGUGGAUACGCAAAGAGGUCGUCGCUGUGCUUGGGGACCCGCAUGGAGAAAACCCGGAUGCCGAGAUGCUAGUCAAUCAGAUCCUUCGGGACUUGUUUAUCGACCGAGAGUUCUGUGAUCGACAAUCUCAAGUUUUUUGGACGACAACUUUGCUUUACGAACUCUCGACGAAAGCCACCCGCGCCAAAUUACUUCUGAUUUUGUUCCAGACGCCGAAAAAGACCACUUCUGGGCGAGAAUUCCUGGACUGGCAGGAACUGUCGUCGUUGCCCUUCGCCACUCGACGAGAUGCGGAAACGGGCCUAUCGCGCUUAUCAGAAGCUUUUGAGCUCUUGCUGGACACCGAGUUGCUAUCAGGGAGCGGCGAUGGCCUGCUGACCCUUUCUACCGGCGAGGUGUUCAACUUGCUCGAAGAGACAACCACGACGCCCGCGCCAUGGUGUCUCGACAACUUUAUCGCGCUCCAUCUGGUAUCUCCGCGCCUUUUCGCCGUGAGCUGCCUCCCACGUCUCAAGAAUGGUCACUUUGAUGAAACAGCCGAGAUGUUGGCCAACAUCAGCUCGCUCGCCAUCAACUGGCGCUUCGACUACUGGGGGCAGUUCGGCACCCAUUUGGAGCAGUUGCUGAAAGCCAUGGAGCCCGAUGUCUGCAAGCAGCUUGUCGGAGCGAUAUAUAAGGCGAUGGGCAGCCUUGUCACGGAUGCAUUUCGAGAGGGGCGUGCCGCUCAAAUCAACCACGAGGUCGCCGCCCACACUAAGAUCUCUAUAUCACUGCAACGCAUCAUCAGCAAGCUUGUGAUU